AUGGAAUACGAUUCUGUCUCAAAAAUAUAAGAAGAACUUGGAUAUUAUAAGAAGUAUUGCUAAUAGUUAGAGAAUUAAAAUGCUGCUUUAAAUCAAUAGCUGUUUAAUAACAUUCAAGGGAAGGUUUUGACUGCGCAUGAUGGCAAUCAAAGUAAUAAAAAAUAGAAUGAGAAUAACUCUAACUCUCAUAAAGAAUGUGAAUAAAGGUCAAAAUUGAUGGAGAAAUAAUUAAAGCAAAAGUUAAUGGAAGAGUAAUUAUGGCUUAAAAGAUAUGAAACUUAAUUAAAUCAAAUCGUUGAGUUAAAGGCAACUCAUGCACAAUACAUUUAAGAGAGUGAGCUAGAGGAUAAUUAAAAAACAAAAGAAAUUGAAAUCAUGAAAGAGGAAAUAGAACACUAUAAAAAGCAAAUAGAAAUUUAUAAAUAAGAAACUAAUUCAUAAAUCUAUUUAGAAGAAAUAAAAGAAAUGAGGAGACAACUAGAAGCAUCAGAAAUUAAAUUGGAAUAAAUGACGAAGGAAUUGCAAAUUAAGGAUCAAUAAUUAUAUUAAAAAUAAGGAAAUAUUAAAUAAUCAUUAUUGUAAUUCAAAUAAAAAUUUGAUAUUGAAUUAAAAAAUGAAAAUCUAAGCACUGAACCAGAUAUAUCAAGCAAUAGUUUUUCCAAUAUUAUGCUCAGAGAUAUAUGA